AUGAGCUUUGCAAACUUUCCAGUCGAAAUUGUACAUCUGAUAUUAUCAAAAGCAGUGCUAGAAGGUGAUAGGCCCAUUGCACAAAUCAAUAGAUUGCCACAGAAUGGCGAGGCAAGAGAUAACAUCGUUCUCGCUCGUCUUUUACUGUUAAAUAAAGACCUUUCUGAAUUUCUAAAAGGAAUAAUGUGGAAGAGGAUUGGAUUAACUCGGUUGAAUAAACGUGAACCAAUUGCUAUUGAUUACUUUAGAAAGGUAUCUAAAUUAUAUCAAAUUCACAAACAUUAUACUAAAUCGAUCAAUAUAUCAUUGAGAUUUGCAACACGCGAAUUGAUUAAGCCGAAACCAGAGGAUGAGGAAUUGAUUGAUAUUGCAAAUGACAUAUUCAAGGCUUCCCAACCUGAUCAAAUCAAUGAAGUAAUCCUUUGGGUGGCAGUUCCUCCUACACUUCCUUCAAGUACCAUCGAACAAUUUUGGGAACGCAUUCAUCCAAUCUUAGACACUGUCACUGGAUUCAAAAACUUGACUAGAUUUGAAUUUUGGUUUUCUCGAAGGCUUGAAGAAACAAAAUUAGCAGUAGUGAUCAGUCAUUUAAAGAAUCUUGAAGUUGUUAAAUUAUAUGCACGUCAUAAAGGAUUGAAAUCAGUCGAAGAAUCAGAAUUUCAAGAAGACUUAGGAAUCAGUUUAUCAUCUUUAACUAAAUUGAAAUCACUUUCACUUGGAAGACUUAAAUCACCUAAUCCAAGUUGGAUCAAAUUAAAUUGGAAAUCAAAUAUCGAAAAACUGUCAAUUUUCAAAUGUAAAAGAUUUCAAGAUUUUUCAUCACUGAAGAUUUUUUUUCAUUUGUUUCAUAAAACUUUAAGAGCCCUAAGAUUUGAUGUUGUAGAGAAUGAUGAUAGGAUUUUUAAAGAAUGUGAGAUUUUGGAAAGUUUCAGAUCACUCAAACAACUUACAAUCUUUCAAUAUCAUCAUCGUAAUACAUCAAUACUACAACAAUUUUCUAUUUGUCCUGCAAUCAAAUCUAUCAAUUGGGUAGUGUCUGAUUUACAUUCAUCAAGUGAACGAAUAAGUAGUUUGAUCUAUAAUUUACUCAUAACUAGAAAUUAUCAAAAUCGUUGGAGAAGUCUUCGUUCAUUGACAUUACCUUUGAGUUUUGCAGUUUCUAUGGACGAUUCAACUGAUACGGUACUUGAUAUACUUUGUAAGAAAUAUUCUGUUAGAUUAAACUAUUCAGAUCAUGAUGGAUAUGAUAUGGUAUAA